GUUCUCGCGAGAAGCGGCUCCACGGCGACAGGAACGCGAAUACGGAAGUGGCGGCGGCGGCGCCGCUGCAUCGGAAGGCGAAGACGGUUGGAAGGCGAGGGGGGAAAGGCCAGGAGAGGCGGAGGCGCGCGUGGCGCGGUGGCCGGGGGAGCAUAGGAGGUAGAGCGGCGCCUCCCGCCACCCCCACCCCCCGGGUAGUGGGAUGGGCCUCUUCCUCCCGCAUCAGCCCCUCCUUCUCCCCUCCCGGCGGGGACGCGACCUCGCGGGGCUCCUCGCUCGGCCUCCCUCGCGCUCCUGCAGAGGAGGCCCGAGCGAGAGAAGCCUGGGCAGCUGCAGCUGCUGUCCUUUGCACCGCGGGCCUGGGAGCUGGGAAAACGGGGGGCGGGGGGCGCGACGUUGCUAAUAGCACCUCCCCCACCCGCGGCCAAGAGGACUCGACUGGGGAGGGGUUAAAAUAUAGAAAGGGGGGGGGAGAGAGAUGCGGCCAGCACAGCAACGGAGACCAUUCGGGAGAAGCUCUUGCACGCAACGCUGAACCAGCCCCCCUCCCCUCUACGAUCCCCUCCCCUACCUAUCUUCCCGCACCAAAGGUGGGCGCAGUGUUCGGCUUUGCAGAUGCAGAGCAUGAUUUAGACUGAGCUAGGACCUGGGUGCUGUACAGGGUUUCCCCCUCUUCCCCUCCUGCCCUGAAAAGUGGGAGAGGGUCCACCGUCUGGCCUCACUUUUGGUUUCUGUGACGGUUUCUACACUGCCUUUAUUGACUUGGAUUUGGCUUUCUCUAGUCCAGUGGUUGCCAAACUUGGCCCUCCAGAUGUUUUGGAACUACAGUUCCCAUCAUCCCUGACCACUGGUUCUAUUAUCUAGGGAUGAUGGGAGUUGUAGUCCCAAAACAUCCAGAGGGCCGAGUUUGGUAACCACUGCGCCUAGUCUAAACUUUAUUUUAACCUGCUCCCAUAAGCCUGGCAUACAGAAGAAAGAACAAGCUAGGCAGUCCCCACUCCAUGCACUGGCAAGCCACUACAGUAACCUGCGUGCAGACUAAAAAAAGGCAAUUUUCAAAAUCAUCCUAUUUUAUUAAGAGCUGGUUUUGGAAAUUAGGAGGUAGUUGCCUUCUCUCCUAUGUUAAAUAAAUGCUUUAGAUUAUUUCUCAGUAUGCCUUAAGAUUUAUAUACAUGCAAUGGAAGCUGAACACAGCCCAGUCAAUGAUUCUGUGUAUUCCCAUUUUUUAUAUUUUGUUUCUGAAAAGUCAGUGGGGUUUUUGUUUUCUUUCUCUACUUGUGUUGACUUGGGUACUUUCUUUCCAGGUAGGUGCAGUGAGAAGCUGAAGCGCCCCCCUCCCCAGACUCCCCCAUGGUGGGGUUUGGGGCCAACCGGAGGGGGGGCCGUCUCCCUUCGUUCCUCUUUGUUGCCUUGCUGCUAGUCAUUGCCGUCCUUGCCUUCAAUUACUGGACUACCUCAUCCCGCCAAACGGUCCUGCAGGAGGAGGUGGCAGAGUUGCAGGGCCAGGCCAAGCGCAGUGAUGUUGCCAGGGGGCGCUUGGAGAAGAGGAACUCUGAGCUCUUGCUCCAGGGGGAGCUGCACAAGAAACAGCUGGAGCAGAAGGAAGCUGAGCACAGCCAGCUGAGCAACCAACUGCAAGCCAGGGAAGGCCAGAUAAGGAAGUGUGAAGAGAGCAGGGUGAGGUGUCAUUGCAUAUGAUGGUUACUUGUGUCUAUUUUAUGCUGUCUAGUACUGUAUAUUUCAAACAGCAUGUCCGAAACUAACUGGUCACCAGCUGCCUUUUGUGAGAGCAAGGGCAGCUGUUAUCAACCAUUGAGCUUCUAGCUUUCCCUUUCCGAGCUACUCCCAUGAAGCCUUUUGAUAAGCUGAAGAGGCUCCAUUGUGGUACCUUUUGCCUAUGUAAAAAUUUUUCAUGUGGUUUCAGCCCACCCACCCCCAUCUCUCCCUCUGCCUCUCCCUUUUCUCCACUGUUUAAUGAGGCAUGUUUUCAGUUUUCAGCUUUGCUUUCUGUUCCUAGAUAGGAGAGGGGCGGUGGAUUCCCCUCCUCAUCUUAUUUCAGAAGAGAAGGGGUGUGUAUGGGUGUGCUUUUAAGCAAAAUGAGCUUUGUUUUGGGGGAGAGAGGGAGGAGGAAUGAAAUCAAGGAAGAGUGGGGAGGUUGCUUUGUUGUUGUUGUGACAAGUUUACUUCCUUCUGCUUGUGGGCAUUCCUUUCUUUUUUACAUAAUGGUUUGGGACCUCCUCUCUUCCCCCAACCCCUAUUAUUCAGGAGGAAUAUUAUGGCAUUUUAAAGACGUAACACAUUUAAGCCCACUUUGUCAGUCUGCUGAAUGCAUCCCAUGAAGGCAACUGUAGCCUACAAAUGCUUGUUUAUAUCACAGAAGUCUGACAGCUUGUUGCUUUAUUGUGUUGAAUCUCUUAAGACUGGAGUCCCAUUAGCUGUAUUUACACAAGAAAACACUCUUGAGAGGACAAGGCACCCAUCAAGGGAGAGAGGAAAGAUGGUGCUUACAUUAAUCUUUUAAUGUUUUAAGAGAUUCUCAGAUUCUAGGUUUUCAAAGGAAGGUUUCCAAAAUGCAUUAACAUUUACAGAGUUAGUUUGCCAUGGUAAAUUUGGCAUCCUAGAUACCCAUAACCUUUCAUGUAACAGAAUUUUGAAGGCUGAGAUGUACAGGCAGUCCUGCAAAAAAACGUUCUUUCUGUGGAGGAGUAAAUCAUGGCCGGGAGUAAGGAGCCAAUUUGUCCAAAUGUCUCUAAAGCCUUGGUUUUCAUAGAUUAUUCCCCAUUCCUAGGAUGUGUCAGAGCACUUCAUUGUUCCAGCUGCCAACACUUUCAUUGUGUGAUCACAUAGGAAUAAUUAUGUGGCAACAAAAUGCUUUAUCAAUCAAGGCCAUAUUCCAAAUGUGAAUGCCUUAAUACCUGACCCCCAGGUACAAAUGGUAUCGGAAGUCAGAAGUAGUAGUCCUGGGAUUAACAUUGCAGCCUAAUUAAUGUAAGGCAGGCAUGUCCAACAGGAAGAUCGCGAUCUGCUGGUAGAUCACGGGGUGUCCCAGGUUGAUCUCACCCCCUCCCAAAAAAAGCUCAACAACUCCGGUCCAUCCUCCAAUGACAAUGGGUAGAUCACUGCCAUUUUUUUUUUUAAUACUGUGAGUAGAUCUCAGUCUCUUGGAAGUUGGACAUCCCUGAUGUAAGGUAAUGCUUGUUAAAUCAUAUUGACAUAGUAACUAAGGUGCAGGCACUUUAGGUGGGGAGGCUGAUUAUCAUGACCUUUUUGGGACCAGAAUGAUGUGUGACUUCCUGCAAGAGUGACAGGAGAAGUGUGACUCUGUGAUUUUCCUGGAUAUGCAGCACCUUUUGAAACUGUUGAGCACAGAGGACUGGCUCUUUGGGUUGGGAGUGCAGUGGUUCCUCUCCUCUCUUCAGGAGCGAAAGGUAGUCUUGGGAGACUUCUGUUGGACCCCAUGGCAGUUGAUCUGUGGAGUCCCUCAGGGUUCCAUUCUGCCCACAAUGCUUCUAGCCAUGCAGAUUCUCAACCAAUGUCUGGCCACUGUAAUAGGCUGGAAUCUUCGAAUAAGAUGAUGAUGCUGUGGCUAGGUGGUUUCUGAGUUUAUGAAUUAUCACAGGGCAGUCUAACUUUUCAUACCAAGUGGGCUGCAAGAGUACUUCAACAUGGAACCUGCUGGUCGCACACUGUCUUAUCAUGGGGUGGGUGCAAGCCUAAAAUCUGAUGCCCCCCAAAGCCCUCACAUUGCCUUUCCAAAGCUGGGAAAGUUCCCACUAGAAUUUGAGAAGGAAGUGGGAGGACUCUAGGACCCUGCCAGAGCCUUCACACCUCCUUUCCAAAGCCCAGCACCUCUUCCUGGGCUUUGGGAAGGCAGCAUGAAAACAGUUGUGGGGCAUAAAAUGUUGCUGAGGGAUGGCUCUUGUGCCACACAUUGGACCAUUCUGAAUUAGAAGAACAACCUAUUCUUGGUGGAGUUCGUUUCCCUUGAAGGAGUAGGUACAGAUUCUUAAGGGGUACUUCUAGAUACAUAUCUCUUACUGGAGACAAACGUAGUCUCAGUAUUGUGCAGUGUUUUUGCUCAUCUUUUGGCUGUUCCUGGACAGGGUUAGUUUAGCCACAAUGAUCUGUGUUCUGAUAACUUCUUGUCUGGACUACUGUAAUGCAGUAGUCAUUACAGUAUGUGGAGCUACCUUUGAAUACUACAGUACUUGGGAACUGCAGCUUGUGCAAAAUAUAGUUUUCCAUUGUUGGAGUGGGUCCACCAGCCAGAGUGGUUGUUACUCGGGUUCUUAAGGACCUUUCUGCAGUGGCUGUCAGUGCAUUUACAAGUCAAAUCCAAGGUUUUUCAGAUGAUGUAUAAAACCCUGAUAUGCCUUGGGACUUAAAAUCUUGAGGGAGUCUCUCUCUGUCUCUGUCCUUGCAUGGGAGAUUGGUUGGGGCAGGGGGCUCCUUAGCAUCCCACCACUAGCUUCUGUGCACUUCACUGGGAUGUGGGGUGGUCCUUUUCUGUUGUGGUAUCUGUUUGUAGGAAGGGACGCCCCAGAAUUUGGCUGAUACCUUCACUGCUGCCUUUUAGAUGCUUGGUUGAAAAUGCAGCCUUCAGUGCAACAGUGCCACUCACACUGGCAAAUAUUUCAACUGCUGUUUCUACGAUUUGUUGUUGUUGUUGUUGUUGUUGUGUAUGUUCGGUUUCAUGCAAUAUUAUUGUUACCUUCCCAGAGAUAUGUGAAAGUGGGGCAGAAUAUAAAUGAAUAAAAAAUUUCAUUGAUUAAUCUGCAUUCUAAGGAAACAUUGAAGUGGUAUUUUUAAAACAAUCAUUUCCCCCCCUGAAUUUGAAUGGCUACUGGGCUCAAAGUAAAAAAUGUUGCUUCUUGUUGUCUUGAAGUGUAAAUGGAUUGUGUGCAAUAUCUUGAAUGAAAAAGAAAACAGAUUUUGGGAAGCCUUUGUUGAAACUUUAGGCUAUUUAAUAAGCUCAGUGUUUCAUCAAAGUCUUGUUUACCAUGAUCAUUUUGAUAUUAACUGUAUAGUGACCACUAAUUUGCACAAUAUAUAUUUCCUCCUUUUCAGAUUAAGCUUCAGAACAACAUAUCAUAUCAAAUGGCAGACAUACAUCGCUUAAAGGGUAAGGAGUCAAAAGAAAGGAGAAGCAUGCAGCAGUUAAACCUACUAAUUCUGAGAGCAGUAUAAAGAAAGUAUACUGGUAGCAAAGUAGCAACUGGUGAUAUGGAUUAUUUGGAGAAUUGUGAAUUGGAAAAGUUUCUGGUGCCCUAGAGAUCUAAUUUAGCAGGUUUAUUUUACUUGUAUUGCUAAGCAAAGCUUAAAACUUUGCAACUGUCAAGUUUUCCUAAUACUCUUCCUCUUGACAUGAGCUAGAGCCUUUCUUUAAAAAAUAACAUGCUAUGUUCGUUUAUCUGGCAUAGAAAGGCCAUUGCCUCGCUUGCCAUUAUCCCUUUUCUGUUCCUGCCUCAAAGAUGAGAACAUGAGUUCUGUUUUGUUACAAAUUCUGCAAAUGUGCCCUCAAAUAUCUCAUGGACCUUAGAUAUGCAGCAGUGUUUUGGUUUUUAAAGGGAGAGUUGAAGUUAUAGCAUAGGCAGUGACUUCUAUCAGUUGUACAGCCAAGUGCUAUAACAUUAAAAUAAUGUACAAGUCUUCUGGUGGAGAUCUUACAUUGCUAUAAGUCAAAGAAUUGCUUUGUUUAUGCAACAACACACCACUGUAGUAUGGUCUCUAAUAUGGUUGAUUACCGCUGGUAAUCUUCUUACACUGCUUUGUCAGGUGAAGCUACAAAGUCAUGUUCUCACAGAAUGGAAGUCAUGUGAAAUAAAUAACAUUAUGCCAUACCCUUUCCAACAAUGAUAUUUGUUCAUAUAUAAAGGGUGCUAGAGAGUAAAUGGCAAUGCUUUACAAAGAUAGAUGCACAUGCAGACCCAAGUUAAAUCCCCAUACAUCCAUGAAGUUGAUUGGGUGAUCUUGGACCCUAAUCUGCAUUAAAGUGUUGUGAAGAUAAAGGGGGAGGGGAAAGAAAUAUGUACACUCCUCUGAGUUUGAAUGAUGGGCAGGAUGUCAAUAAAUAAGUGCUGUGGCUCCUUGAGCCCUAACAUUAUAGUUUGCAAGAUGUAGUAGCUGUAAGAGUUUGCUUUACUAAAAUACAAGCAUAAGAUACUAAAAAUUGAAUGUGGCAUCACUGAGACCGUAUUAUGCCGCGGAGACUCCAGAAAGAAAAGUAACACCUCUUUCACACACACACACACACAAGUUUUCUUCUAUUUUGUAAUGAGGUUCCUAAACAGUUAUAUUUUAGGUUUCGUAUCACUUGUCCAAGACAUUAGCGUAUACAGAACAUUCUAUUUUAGCAGUGGAAAAAUAAAAAUUUCCCAACUUGUGGGGGGAAGUUGCAUUUAAGUUAUGAAGGCAUUAUUUUUCUAACGAUUUUGACUUUUACACUUUGCCUUAGAACAACUCGCAGAGUUGCGUCAAGAAUUUAUUCGUCAAGAGGACCAGCUUCAUGAAUAUAGGAACAACAAUACACAACUUCUGAAAAGGUUGGAGUAUGAAAGGUGAGCAUAGUAAUAUAUAAAUCUGAACUGAUGCCAAUGUAUUCUAAUAAUACAGAGUUCUGCAGAGUCUUUCCAGCUUAGCUAUGCCAUGAACUUUCAGAUCAAAGUGGAGUCCUGCUUUUGACAUCAGCAUCCUUUAUUAGCUAUAUGCCGAAAGAAUUAGAAGAAAAGCAUAUUUUAGGACAGCUGUGGUAGGGUAGUGCCCUUUCUGCCCUCACUGAAAAGGAGACUAGUGAAACUUCAUGAUUUUGACUUGCUUGCUAAAAGAAGCAAAAGAAAUGGUGCUCAGAACCUGUUAAUCAAGGUAUCCAAGGUAGAAUUCCUGAGGGAUGGCAAUCGCUGCACCAAAAAUGUAUUGAUUAUCCUACAGCACCAUCAGUCAACACAGUGGAGGGUGCUUCACAGUUUGCUAUGUUAUGUGGAAUGGAGGGAGAGCCAAUUCCAUGUUCCACCUCCUGCCUCAGGCAAGGAAUAAGCAAACACAAUGGUUUGAUAAGGAAAGGUCUGACAGGAGAUUUCAAUUCUUGUGGCACUUAUUCAUAGAAUCAUAGUUGGAAAGGACCACAAGGGUCAUCUAGUUCAACCCCCUGCAAUGCAGGAAUCUCAGCAUGCAAUCCCUCAUCCAAUUUGAAACCAUACCAGUCCCUGCUUAGCUUUGCAAAUGUGCUAACAAUUUUAUUGCCAUUCAUGUGUCCAUGAGGAGAGUCACCUUAAUUUAGAACUCAAGUCUUAGUAGAGGUUGCAACUCUUUCCUUUGCAAAGAGCAUCCAUAAUAUUGUGGUAGAGCAUCUGCUUUGUAUGUAGAAGAUAGGAGCUUCAGUCCUUGGCAUCUUCACUUAAAAGGAUCUGUGGACUUCUGUCAUCAACUCCAGGAUUCUAUGAUCUUGGGAAAUAUCCCUCUUGCCUCGGACUUUAGAGAAACACUACUAGCUGGUGUUGAUGACUGAUCUAGGCUAGAUGGACCGAAAGACUGGAUUCAUACAUUCAGUGCCUUGCAAGGGAAAGAGAUAGUUUUGUUCCAGAAACAAAUAGUACUUAGGCGGUACUAAGGCGGAGCAUAUAAAACAUGUGUCAUCUUGGGGCAAGUUAUAAAAUUUGUUACCUCUGUUGUACAUUAUCUGUUCUGCCAGUUUUCAGUGUGGACAUCAGAUCAAAGAACUGAGGAUGCAGCAUGAAGAAAAUAUGAGAAAGUUAGAGGACCAAGUUACACAAGACCAAAAGGUACAUCAUCUAAAUGCUCAGUUGUUUAAGGCUGUGAAGGGCCAUAUUUGAGGGGUAGAGAGAGCAUCUUCCUUGGAUAUAGGAGGUCCCAGGUUUAAUCCCCAGCAUCUCCAGGUAGUGCUGGGAAUGUCCAAGAACGUAUCUUCAUAUGUUCCUAUCAUUUUUUAUAGACACUUGAGAAUGGUUUGAAAUACCAUUUUCCUUUGGUAAUUUCCUCUCUAGUUACUCAUUAAGAAAAGGGUCAGGCUCUAACUGAGGCAUAGGCCCUCGGCCCUCCAGAUGUUUUGGUACUACAAUUCCCAUCAUCCCUGACCUGUUAGCUAGGGAUCAUGGGAGUUGUAGAGCCGAGUUUGCCUAUGUAUGAUCUAACCAGCUUUCGCUCCACUUGGGAAUGGAUAGAGGAUCGCUUUGCAUCCUACCCUUCACUGCUUGCUGCAUGAUUCUAGGAUGGGUUUCCAGCACCCCUGUUGCCAUGAUGAUAAUGAUAAUAAUCAUGAUAAUAAUAAUAAUAAAAGUUAUUAUUUAUACGCCGCCCAUCUGGCGUACAUCAGUUCUAUCCAUAAAUUUGAUGUUAGACUUUGUUAUGCGAAAAGAACAAAACUUGGUUGAGAGAGAAGUAGAAGUGUAUUUCCAUUGACAACAGACUGAAUCAUCCUAAUGGAGUGACAAGCACACAGGAUGUCUAAUUCAAAUGUGAACAAAUGUGUUUCAUAGUUGGUUCUUUACAUUUUUGCAGCAGGCUGCUCACAGAAGCCAGUCCAGUAAGGAUAUUGAGAGCAACCUGAGCAAUAAUCCAACAAUACUGAAGACAACGCAACAAUUGGAUGAAAAGAAUGUAAUUAGGAAUGAAACACCUUCCAUCAACAAUAUCUCAGAUGGCAAAGGUCUGUCUAGUACAAUUCUGGGUCAUAUCACUAUGUAUCUCUUAAAGUGUUUUGGGAGAAUGCAGAGUACCUGGCUGGCUAGGAACUCCUCAGUCUUGAGGCACAGAUCUGGUGUCAUUUUUACCAUUGGCCAGCAAUGAAGUCUUGGGGAAAGUUGCCUGCCUUUGCAGCUAGCUCACUGAGGGAGAUGUAUUGCUUUCUGUUCAGCAACUAUGAUCUACUACCUCUAGUCCAGUCCCUGUAACAAUUCUGAAUCCACUUAGAAGUUAAAAGUAAGCAGCAGCAAGGAGAGAAAUUUCUUCUUGUCUUGACAGAGAAAAUGAAACCAGGAGAUGAUGCAGGCAUGCCUGGGAUAGAAGAGAAUGACGCUGCUAAAGCUGAAGAUACACUCACUGGUUAGCAAAGCUAUAUAUAUUUUACUACUCCUACUACUACUAUUAUUUCUAAGUAAUCUAAAAUCUGUUAUUUUUGAUAAUUCUGAAAUACCCAUUUCCUCCCUCAGCAGUUUGUGGUUUUUUUAGAUGGGUUACUGAUUUAAACUCCAGAGAAAGGGCUAGCUAUGUCAGAUUUCAGUUUGUUGCCAAAGGUGACCAAGGUAGUUUACAAGAGGACGUGCCUGAAGGGGGGUGAAGUGCUAUUGGCUAAAGCAGUUAUCAGAUGUGAAAUAAAGACAGAUGCUGCACCAGAAUCUCUGGAUUCCCUGUUGUCUUGAUUCUUAGUAUAAACUGGCAGAAUUACUUGCCACUGAUUCUUGCUCAUCAAUAAGAAGUAUAAAUAGGGAGGGGGAGCUUUCUUCUUUUUUUGCAACCCCGCAAAAUUGAACUUAACUCUUCUCGGCAUGUGAACGCUAGCAAAUGCUGCCCUGACAAAACAUUUCAAACUGGUGAGAGCGCAAACUUUUGUUAUAGUAUACUGGAUUCUGGCCCUUGCUGGAAAGCCCCUGCUUCUGUAUGGCUUAUCUUGAAAAUAUAGAAGAGCUUCUGGCAACAACUGCAUUUGUACCAAUCUUGGUUCACUUGUCAGAAAUCAGCCCUUUGCAGAACUAAUAAUAAUAAUAAUAAUAAUAAUUUUAUUAUUUAUACCCCGCCCAUCUGGCUGGGUUCCCCAGCCACUCUGGGCGGCUUUCAACAGAACAUAUCAGUUCUCUUUUUGAACAGUGCGCUCAGUGGUUGCCUUAGGAUGUGCCAUUGGUAUUAGUAGAUCAGUGAGUCAUAGUGUGAUUUUGUUUGUUUAGCUUUGAAGAAGCCACUUGUUUCAGCUUCUCAGAAUGAACCUCACCCCAAUGGAAAUCUUCCAACAGAAAAGCCCCAUGCUCCAAAUCUGGUUCAAGGUAAGAAGUCCCUGGUGUAUCUUUAAAACAGGAGUAAAUAUUCUCCUUCAGUGAAGGGCAUUCUAAAGGAGGUUAUCCCUCACUCUCUUAUGGCGGAAUGAGGUCACCAGUUCUUCCCCAGCCUUCUAAGAGUCAAUGGGGAGGACCGCUGGCUCCCUCAGCCAAUAAAGUGAGAUGAGCGCCGCAACCCCCAAGUCGUCUGCUACUGGACCUAAUGGUCAGGGGUUCCUCUACCUUUAAGUUAUACCUACAGUAGACUUGGUCUUAAGAUAAAAAAAGUUGUUCACAGUCUGGCCUCUCCUUUAGUCUUUAUGCAUAGCCAAGGUGAGUGUGAUCUAAAACUUCUUUAGGAGUGUUUAAAACCACCACCUUCCUUCUCUGUUUCUCAAGUUUAGCAAAGACAUUACAAAGGAGACAUUAUUUAGGAAUUAGAGGUGUGAAGGUGUACAUGUGGGCAGCUUUUAUUUGUAAAGUGAGCAAUCCCAGAGAACAGAGAGGCGAUAAUCACCAGAGAGUGGUAGUGAGAAGCAAACACUGACAAGGUCAAUUUAACUUGUAAAAGGGCUGAAGUUAAUCCAGUUUGUUCCCAAUGUGGGGCGGGGGGGGGGGGCAAUUUGAUUUUUAAGGGGGGGGGAAUUCGAGAAUGAGUUAUUAACAGUUAAUGGCCUUUUAGGCUUCCUCCACUUGAAUAGGAGUUCACUUUUUGAAUGAUAAGAAUUAUGUGUCCUGGGUGGUGGGGGGUGUCAGGAUUUUAGAGAUGCUUAGGUGGGGCAUGGCCAAAAAAAGGUUGGGAACCACUGCUGUCCCCACACCAUGCAUUAAAUUAAAGAAUGGACAAAGUGGUUUAAGUGACACAAGUGGUCACUAGACUUGGUAAGAAAGUAACGUCCAGGCAUGGAGAAAGCCUGAUGCUUCCAAUGAUGUAUUUGCAGCAUUCCUCUUAAGCUUUUAAAAGAAGUGUGACAGAAGUAUCAAUAGCUGAUAAUGGAUGACACGCCUUCUUCCCCAUUCUCUCCCUUGACUACUGAGAAAAUGAAAGCACAGGUGUCAGCAAUGUUUGGAGAAAAAUUCGUAAAGAAGUUUAAAAAACACAAAAACACACACACCAGGGGAUCCCUUGCCCUUCAGAAAGGACUUAAUUCAUAAGCUGCUUUUCCUUGUGCCUGAACAGUGCAAAUAGUCAAAGUGCUUUAAUUGUUUUUUGUGCGCUUCCAGGUGUAAACAGUAACCAGGAUGGAAAUGCUGACAUCAUAAAGCAGAUCCCACCAAAUCCUCUUCAGCAUUUGAUUCCUGAUCCCGUCCUAGAUAAUCAGAAAGCUGAAAAAGAACAUUUAAAAAAGGACAGAAUCAGUGACUUCCAAAGAAUGAAGCAAAGUAAGUUAAUCAGACCCUUGCUCAUAAUUCUGACUCAGACCCUCACUCAUAAUUGAAGCAACACAGCAAAACCAAAGCAUGGAUUUUCUAGAUGAGUUAAUAUUCAGGUAAUGUUAAUAACACCAGAUCUUGUGGGGGUGGGGAGCUUUAGCUGUGCCCUCUUCACUACCAUUCUCACUUUCACUCAGUCUGAGCACUCUGGUAAUUUUGAGGAUGUGUUUGAUCAAUGGAAAAGAAAGAGACAAUAGGUCACAUUUCCAUUGUGAGGCACUGUGAAUAUGAGCAGCUUUAGAUAGGCACAACUUUCAGAAUCAAGCCCGAUUCCAAACUUUCUUUCCUUGAAUUCUUGUGGCUUGUUAUAUAUAGGAACUUAGUGUGCUUAAAAUGUUGCUUAGUUCCAAAAGUAUUGCCUACUUUUUUUGCAAUUUCUCUUGAGGGUUUAAGGUUCAUUUUCAUCAUAUUAUGACAACCCCUAACUUCAAUUAUUUCAUUGUGUUAAACCUAGAAAUAGACUGUCUUAGGCUGCAAAUCCUGUUACAGUUAGUGGAGCAUAUACAGUGGUGCCUCGCAAGACGAAAUUAAUCCGUUCCGCGAGAGUCUUCGUCUAGCGGUUUUUUCGUCUUGCGAAGCAACCCUAUUAGCGGCUUAACGGAUUAGCGCUAUUAGCGGUUUAGCGGCUAUUAAAGGCUUAAAGGCUUAGGGAUUCGCUGCUAAAAGGCUAUUAAAGGCUAUUAAAGGCUUAGCAGAUUAGAUAAAGGGGGGGGGAAGCGAAAAAAAAAUCUCUAGACUCGCAAGACAUUUUCGUCUUGCGAAGCAAGCCCAUAGGGAAAUUCGUCCUGCGAAGCAACUCAAAAACGGAAAACCCUUUCGUCUAGCGGGUUUUCCGUCUUGCGAGGCAUUCGUCUUGCGGGGCACCACUGUACUUCUGUUUGGGCAGGUAUAAGACUGCACUGUUAAACAGUUUAAUAAACUCAUGGAUCCCUUUAUUUUCAUAGUGCUGAACAAUUUUGAAUGGCUCAGAAACUGAUAAAUCCAUGCAAUGCAAGGUACAUUAUAACUCUUUUCCUCAAGUUAGGAAUUGCUUGCAUCAUUGAAGGUUUCCUUUAAUAUACCUCUUGGAAAUUAAAAAUAGCUGAGCUCUGGUCUUGUGAUGCAGAAAAGUGGAACUUUUCAUGAGUAUCUUCUGUAGCUUUAAGUGAAGCAUGGUCAGUUUGCCUUGACAUAUUUAUUUUAAAACUUCUGUAUCCUGCCUUAAAGCCCAAGUUGGAAAACGACAGCCAAUAUUACAGAACCAAUUCAGAGUGAAAGAUUACAAAGAUUACCAAGUAGACAAGCCAGUCUUAAAAUUACUGUCACAAGUGAGAUCUGCAACAAAAAUGUUGUUGCAUGGCAUGCGUCAUGUACACCUCCAGGGCUUUCUAUUUUUUCCUCCCUUCCUGAGAGGUUUUCAGUGAUGUUUUUUGUCCUUCUACAAGCCUUUGGGUUUCCCCUCACUCUUAUAUGUGGAUGGUGCCAUUUUGCCUACAUAAGGAUUCAGAAUGUUCCAUAAAACUUCAAGAAUAGGGGGAAUGGUGCCCCAAACUCCCACAGCAUAGUUGAAAUGACAAACUGAAUUGACUCCUCUUUGCCAUUGCUGCAGAACGCCAUUGAAGAUAGUUCAAGGUAGGCUCCCUCAUGAAGGUACAUAGGUAAUGAAGAAGGCCCUGUAUGGCUAGAGUCAAAUGUACGGUUAGAGUUAAUGGGACACAGAAGAGUAUCAUCACCAGCUCUUUGAAAUGGUCCUGGAAAUAAAUUAAAACCUAGUGGAGCUGUUUCAGCAACCUAGUGGAGCUGUUUACACCUGAAUGCUGUAUCCUGGGCCAGUUGAAUAUAUAGUAUUUCAAUAUAUAGUAUUCGUUGCUCAGAUUCUAUUUGUUGAAGAUUACAGUUAUGGCUGUCCGGUUUCUCCCACCAUAUUUGGUAUGGGUAUUCUCCCCCAAACCACACCUCUGUAUGGACAUAGAAUGUGAAACUGUAUUGCUAUGUAAGGGUCUCAAAGUAAUGCCCGCCUAUGCAAUUUAGCAAGAUUGUUGUGUUUGAAAACAGCCUUGGGCUUAUAAUCUCUUUAGACAGAUACAAAUAAUUCACGCGAUUCCAGGAACUUUCCACUGUAUUCAUUUCAAUUUAUUAAAUGCUUCCUAUAAAAUAUUUCUAAGCAAUUUAACUAUUAAAAACAAUAACAAUAAAAAGUGAUUUUAACUUUUAGGCAUGGGAAUUUCCGAGUUCUCCUGUGUGGCUGAAUGGUAAUUGAAGAAUUUUUGAAAGAACUUUAAAAUAACCACAACAAAUGCUAGGGAUAUUGCCAUAGACCAAGCCAGGGCUGAGGAACCGGAUCCACUUUGAAGGCCAGAUCUUGAUUUGUUCCCUCCAUCUGCCGGUCAUUUUGGCAGGUGGGUCAUGUCAAAUGACACCCAGUGAUUCAAAGUUCAAGCCACAGAGUCAUCUCCAACUCUAGUGUUAUAGUCCCGUAACUCUAAGAGAUGAGCUUCUGCCUGCUGCCUUUCCAAGAGCAAGCAGGUGCUUAUCGCCGAUCUUAGCAUUGUGAUGCUUAAUGCUAUGAGUAGAGAUAAGAGAUCACUCCUCUCUAAUCCAAACACAGCACUUUGUAAUCUUGGGCCAGAUUCAGAGGCCUGGCGGGCCAAAGAUUCUCCACUUUGUACCCCCAAGUACAAACAUGUUUUAUGUGAGCAUGAAUUCCUCAGUGCACCUGUUGGCACAUCUGGCUCUGAGCAGAUUAUCUGACAAGGAAGCAUUUAAAAUUUCUCAAAAUACUUUAAAAAUUGCUUCAUAAUUUAGCUGUGGCUCUGGAAAUGAACUCUUGAGCCUUCAUUUUUUUCAGAUCUGCAACGUUGGACAGGCAUUUAGGAAAUAAGUUGUAAAUUAUUUUCAUUUUAUGAAGCUUCUAAUUGUUUGCUUCAGUCGUGCUUAGCUGUAAUUUUUCAAGAUAUAGAAAACAGAUGAAGCGUGACAGUGUAACUGGAGAACUCUCAAUCGUUGAAGUCUUUACUUGCCACUUACUGUUCAUUUCAUAUGGAAGAUUUAAGCGAACUUUAUUUGCUUGCAGCUUACUGUCAACUCUCUGCUGUAGUCCGUAUUUCCGACACUCAAGUGUGUGUGUGUGUUUAUCUUAGCUGUUUAGCUCAAGUGUUCAGUUUGUAAAUAUUGUUAUUGGAAAACACCAAAGGCCUAUGCAAGUUUUCAUCUUCUGGAAAUGUCAGUAGCCUUCUUUUGCAGAAUCCUACAUGGCUGAAAGAUAAACUUUGUGUUGGGCUCAGACCUUUGCCCAGAGCUGACUCUUCCUCUGCUACUAGCAUGACACUGAAUCUUACUUUUUGCUCAUGCGUAUAGUGUGAGAUGUAUUCUUUUCUUUGGUUUAAUCUAUAUUUCACUGUGUAGAACUACUUUUCCAUUUUUUAAAAAGUUUCUAAAGCUUUGAAAAAUUCAGAUUAGAAAAUAGUUACAUUAAAGGCUAUAGUAUACAAACGAUUAUAAAGCUCAGAUCUUUUUUGUAGCUGCCCUGAGCCCGGCUUCGGCUGGGGAGGGCGGGAUAUAAAUAAAAUUUAUUAUUAUAUUAUUAUUAUUGUCAAAGCAACCAAAAUAUUUUGGUAAAGUUUCAUUAAUACAAGAUGCUCACUUAUUCCAAAAAGGCAGUUGCCUUCUUUUGAGGCAAGUGUUUUGUGUCUUAGAUAUAAAACACUGGAGUUUUUAAGGGGCUAGAGAUUAUAAUGAAAGGUCAUAAAAUUUAGUGCUCUGAAGUUCCAGGCAGAAGGAUUUUUCUCAAUUUAUAGUGCUGCAAGGAUUAUUUGCAACCACUUUUAAACACUUUUCUGAGUUCAGAUUCCUUCCUGCUUCUCUUUACUCCGCUUUUUUCUCUCCCCUUCUCUCCCCCUCCCCUUCAUCCUGGCCUCUGACUAUAAAUCCUUUGCCUACUUCACAGGCCGGUUCUUUGAUGAGAAUGAGUCCCCUGUUGAUCCGCAACAUGGCUCUAAACUGGCGGAUUAUAAUGGGGAUGAUGGGAACGUGGGUGAGUAUGAGGCAGACAAGCAGGCUGAGCUGGCCUACAAUGAGGAAGAGGAUGGUGAUGGUGGUGAAGAAGACGUCCAAGGUGAGCUUGGGCCUUGUCUCCAUCCCAUUCAUGUGAUUCCCUCACUCGAGAACCAUGCUGCAGUGGUGUAGAGUUCCAACAUUUAGCUGCUUAGAAAGGUCCUGCUGUGAAUAGACAGCUGAAUUUUGACUGUGUCAUCUUCUAGCAGUUCAGCUUGUGAAAUAACUCUAGAACUUGAAGCAAUUUCUAAUUGCUAGUAAAUAUGUUUUUUUCCAGUAGUCUUGAAUUUGUACCAGAGGGAGUCAAGGGUACUGUGGUGAAGUUGGUUCUUGCCUAUGCAGGGCAUGAUAAAACCAUUCUUGAAGGUGCUGCUGCGUUUUCCUCCUUAUUGCCAAGGACUAACACAGUGGCUGUCCUGGAAUUAAUUUGUGCUUCUAGCUAUUAGGAAAGCAUGCGGAUCUGGCAUAGGCCCAAAGCUGAAUCUGUAGCCAUCACUGUUGUGAAUAACUAUAGCUAGCUGGAAUGUUCUUAUGCCUUACUAAUAUACAUAAUCGGUGGACCUCCAUAGUGCAUUUCUGUUGCUUCCAAUACCUAAGGUGUUCUCAUGCAUGCUCUCAUCUUGCACUUGGCAUAUGCCUUGGUCUAUCACUCUCUUUUACCUGUUUGCUUCCAUUGCUUGUGUGUGUGUGGUGUGGUAUCGCUUCCAAACCCUAAACUGCCUCUACCAACUUGAAGAACAAAGUAGCACAUAGUAAUAUUUUUUUGUACUGCAGAAGGCUCUAGAAAUCAGUAAGAAAUAGCUUCCACAGUUCAGUUUUCCAAAUCACAUUAGGGCCCAAACUGGUAUUUAUGUUAACUAAACCCAUUUUCUCUCUUUACCCUGCCCUCCCCGGAAUACAGCAGUUUUUCCAUUCAUUUCAAGGGCUCUUGUGGAGACAUCCUCUCAUUAAAUUAUGAAAUGUGAAAUACAAAUUUAUUUUGCAUCUUCCCAGGAUAAGAUGUUAUCAUUUUCCAAAGCUUCAUUCUUGACACUGGUGUUCUAAUCUUCUAGGUCAGUUGAAAUUCUUUUAAAUUGGCCUGCCUGCAAGUACCAUAGAAUUUUAAGAGGGUGUUUUUGUUUAGUUUGGAAUGAAGUGCUGCUGGCAUUUCUUUAAAAAUAUGCUUUUUUCCUAUCAGGGAAGUUGGUAGGUCCAGCACACAUAAAGUGACAAAACAACUUCUAUUAACUUACAAUCACCUUGUAAGCAUAAUUGUAUGUGAGAUUAAUCUGUUGGAGACCAUAAGAGAAAAUGAUAUUAGUAGUCUCUAAAUACAUUCCCGUCUGAAUCCCCUCAUGUAAGUAUUGGGUGAUAAUGAAGUUUAAAUCAAACUAGGUGCUAUCCUUCAAAACACUGUAUUUGUGUGCAGAUUAUAUUGCAGCUCUUAUUAUGCCUCUUGUACCUAUGAACAGCAUUCGUCCACAGCAGUUGAUUGUGGGAGGGUUACUUCUGGUUGGAUGAACUCUGCCUUUGUGUGCCCAGCAGCAGGGUUUCAAACUGGGUGUGCAUGUGUAAGAUGUCUUAAGGUAAAGCUACUGUUCAAUUAAUUCUAGUAUGCUGUAAAAGUCUAGAGGGGUAUGGAGAACACCAGUUCAGAAUCAGUACAGCUAAAUAGCUUACUCGUCCUACUAAGCCAAAGGGGUGGGUUACCUGCGGGUUGGUUUGCUCACAAGCUCCUGUGAAUCCUCCUUGGAAUUGUGUUGUGUAUAAAAUGAUACAGAUGGGAUGGGAAAGAGCAAAUAGGAAGGAAAACAGUCGUUCAAAGCAGAAAGUUUACAGAAAUGCAGACCUCUAGAACAAAGGAUGUUAAGUAAUUGUUUCUCUUAGUAAAGCAUCUUGCAUACAAAAUUUCUGGAUAUGCACACUUCACACACCCAUAAUUUAUAUGGAAGGCAGUGAAUCGUUUGUUCUCAACACAUGGUCCUGUGGGUUUCAGAGAACUUACUUUAAAAACUUAAUGUUGGUUUGCCUCCUUUGAUUCCAGAUGAUGAGGAGAGAGAGCUUCAAAUGGAUAUUGCAGACUACGGAAAACCACACUUCAACGAUGUACUUUAAAUUCCAAAUUACCUUUAUCUGAGGGAUUCUGCAAGAGGGAAAAAAUCGCAACCGAUUUUUCAGUAUUUACUGUAAGAGACACUGAAAAGAAUGACAGCAAAAAGUUAACAGUGGAAGGAAAAGGUAAAAUGCUGUGUAUAUGUAUAUAGUUGUACUUAUUUCGCAAAUGAACAGAACCAGAGAUGGUUUGUUCUUUUAGGAGAUGCUUAAUAACCUGAAACUACGCAAAGUUGGGUGCACCUGGCUCUUUAUUGGACUGGGCAGUAAGACUGUUCCUUACCUGUAACCUUUGAAAUAAUAGCUAACAUUGCAAAAUAACUUAGGUCAACAUGUUUCUGAAACUAAGCCACUUUGUAAACUGGAGAACUUUGUACAGUUUGUAUCUUAUAUAUGAAUUACUUCAUUGCAGGAAUAACUGUACAGAUGGGACACUCUUUGAUACCACAAUGUAUUUAACCCAUGCAAGCAAAUUAUUCAUUUCUCUUACUGUUGUGACUUGCAUUUUAGAGACUACAUUUCAUUUUGAGAAAGUUGACUGAAAAUGUGUUUGUGUUUUAUGAAAGAACUUUCCUUACUAUAACUAAGGAAGGUCUGUGUGAUACAUACUACAUUAAUUCUAUAUGAGACAAUAUUGUUAACUCUAGGAGAGUGACUAAAGUUAUCCAUAGUAAAAAUGCAGCAACAGUGUAGUAAUUUUAUAGGAUAAUUACCAGAGUUUAACUCUGCAAAACCUACAACCAGUAUUUCCAACACAUAAAAGCUAUAAAUAUUUUAUUUGCCUUUGUUUUUACAGCAGUGAUUUCAAUCUUAUGCAAUAAUAGCCGAAUGUAAUGGAGAGUGGCUAAAAGUGCAAUCUCAUCAGUUUCUUCAUUCAUUCCUGUCUGAACCUCUGAUGUGUUUCAGAAUUGGAGUCAUGCUCAGUUUGUUUCAACUUCAGUGCUGUAGUAUGGAUUACUCAAAACGCUGGGCAUGUUCUAUGUUCUUGCGGUUUUGUACUGUGUUUUUGUGUAAGAGGUCUUACUUUGUUUUUUUGUUUGUUUUGAUGUUUAAGCACUUUCUGAAGUUCACAGAAAUGGUUAUGCCCAUCUAUAUCCUGAGCAACAAGUUAUUAACCCUAGUUAUCAACAAGGGCUACUGUGAAUAAAGAAUUUAGGUCCUAUGACAGGGUUGAUUGUACUUCAUGAUUUCUGCUGUACUCAGGUUAUUGGUCUCUUUGGUAAGUUAAAGUUAAUUUGCAGUAAUUUAAUUAACAAUUUGCAUUGAAUAAAAAGGAGAUAUCUGUUUAAGACUUCCCUUAGAACAGUGUUUAUUUCUGACAACAAAUAUGGAAGUUUGUGCUUGGGCACUUCUCAAGCACACAAACCUGGACACGAGUGGUGACUGUUCGUCUUAGUUUUAUUUUCAAGCUGUAAAACCUACAAGGCUGAACCUGCCUUAGAGGUAGUUUCUCUCCCCCUCUCCCUGCCACCAUUCCUAACACCUCUUUCUCCAUAAAUCUUCAGUGUUGUACUUUGUGAAUUGACCAAAAUGUGUCUGCCCUAAAUUAGGUGUAAUUUUAUUAGGAUUUUGCUGUUGAAAUCCAAAAUUUAAUAGGUUCUAAUAAAACUGCAGUUUUAGUGCUUGUCUUUGUGUCCUUUCAACCAUCCAGUGAAGGAGGGCAGUGUGUUCCAGGGAUGUGCUGCUCUCCAUUCUAUGAACCUGGUCAGCCUCACAAGCUGUCCAUGGGUGAAUUUUUAUGAUGCAAUCAAGGCAUAAGUCAUACUUCUGACCUUUUGGCAUAAAAGACUGCCUUCCCCAACAUGGUGCCUC